GCCUUUACCUCUCCCUCUCCUCUCUCUCUCUUUCCCACUUGACAACCAUAAAAGCCUCUCUCUCCCAAGUCCCACUUUCCAUUGCCCAAUUAAGCCCCAGAGAAAGAAACGAAAACAGAGAAAGAUCGAAACUUUGAUUGCCCCUGCCCCCUUCUUCUUCUCCCCCGAGCUCCAAACCAGCAGAAAAAAGAAGACUUUUGGUUUUGGCAUUGUCGUCCUUAUACGACCUCCAAAAAAACCCACCUUCCUUUCAGUUCGUUGCUGGCUUUUCAAUACCCAGAAAAAAGGAGAAGAAGCCAUAACAGAAAGGAGAAGCCAAUAGGAAGAAUGGGGUUCAGAUUCUUCUGCUAAGGGUAUGUUUGUUUGCUUGCUGUUCUGUUUUCACCUAAGCCCAUUUCCCCUUGUGAAUUUUUUUCGAAUCAGAGAAGGGAAAGUGAAGUGGGUACCUCCUCUGACGCACAGUCUCACUUCCCUUUCAAACAAAAAAGGAAAGAGGGAAAACAAAAAAUUUGACUGUCACUGAUUCAAUCCUCGCUCCACCAUCCACAACAACAGCUCUCUGUUCUGUACCCAACAAACUCUCUGCAAAAAAAAUUUCCCCCUUCUUCCUUCCUUUGUCCUUAUUCCCAAUUCUUCCUUCCCAUUUCUCUGUGAUUUCAAACCCCAGAAAGAGAUUAGAUACCCGCUUACUUGUUCUUCUUAUCCCCACAUGUGCUCUGUUCUUCACUGCUCUUCUUCUUCUCUCGUCCUUUCCACUCUCUGAGACUCUGUUUUUAUUUUGGAGCUGAAAAGAAUGGAGAGACCUUCAACGAUAACCACGUUGACGACUAGAAGGUCGAAGUGGAAAUACACACAGCCACCGCCGACUCCACGAAUCCUGCACCUGCCUCGGAGGCCUCUUCGCCGGAAAGUUGCACCGCCGGCGGCUCCGGCGCCAUCGAAACCGAAGGUGGACAGGAGAGGGAAGCUGGAGUCUCUGUUUGAUCAGGAGAGGGAGUUCUCCAGAGGAGCUCUGCCAAUUCUAAUGGUGAGGGAUGAAGUAGUGGGAAUGGAGAAGAGGAGGGAGAGGGUUGAAGAGAGAGACAGCACGGUGACGGCAGCGGCGGCGGUGGUGGAGGAUGAGAAGUGGAGGUUUCAGGCGGAGAUGCUGAGGGCGGAGUGUAAUGUGCUGAGGAUGGAAAAGGAGAUUGCUUUGAAGAAAGUGGAGAGGAGGAAGGUUAGGAUGCAGAGGACUCUGCAGUCUGCUGUUCAAACUCUGCUCUCUGGGAGGGAAAGGAUUAGCAAUGGGGAGAACGGAACAAUUGAAUUGGAAGAAGAAAUUUUGCAUUUGGCAGAGAAGAUUGAGAAGCUACAGAGCAGAUCAAGCACAAGGAGCAAAGAAUCCAACUCCAACGGUGCCAUCAAGAGCAGCAAUUUCGACAAGCGAAUUGCGCGGAUUCAGGAAAUGGCUGAAGCGAGCUUGUCGAUCAGAAGCACUGAUGCGGAUUUCGUCUCACAAGCAAACUGCAAUGUCGUGCAGAUUGAGAUACUGAGGAGGAAAAUGGAACGGUUAUCGAGAGGAACAUUGUUAGAGAGGAUGGAAGACGAGUAUGGAUCGAUGCUUUCGACGGCCAGCAACUCUGCAGCCAGCUCUGCCUCCAAUUCCAAGAGGAUUGAGCUUCCUAAAAUGUCUAUGGCUUCUGUUAGACAUCCGUACAAGGAGAAGAAGACCAGGGAAGAACAGCAGCAGCAGCAGCAAGCAUGUACAGGAAGUUGCAAGGCGAUCGUGAGGCGAGUGAUGGAGCAAGUUAGAGCCGAGACAGAGCAAUGGUCGCAAAUGCAAGCGAUGCUGGGGCAGGUUAGGGACGAGAUGGAAGGGCUUCAAGCUUCGAGACAGUUCUGGGAAGAUAGAGCACUCGAAGCUGAUUCGAAGCUCCAGUCUCUACAUUCAUCUGAACAAGAGUGGAGACAGAAAGCCGGUUGCUUGGAGGACAGAUCGAAGGAGCUCGAAGAGCAAGUUUCCGAGCUUCAGAAGGAGAUCGAGAGGCUAAAGAAGGAAACAACUAGAGAUAAUAGAGCCAUCGGACGAAGAAAUUUACCAUUACAAACUCCCAGUGAGACAGAGAAGCGAGUUCUGGUAUGCCGGAUGAAGGAGAAUCGACACCACGAGCACCAACAAUUCAGGCUGAAGGACGCGUUGAGGGAAGAGAGAAGGAAGUCGAUCUCAACAGGCAUUGGUGGCGGCGGGCUCAAGAGAUCACCAUUCAAAGAUGUUGGCAACUCAGUACCAUUGCCAUUGCCAAAGCAACCGUUGUGGCUGUAGAAAACCUUGCAAAUGAAAGUCUUUUCUUUUCCAUAUGUGCAUAUACAAAAAGAAGAUUAGUAUUAGCAGAGCGCUUUUUUGCUCUUUCGGAGACCAAUAACACAACAUGUCAAUGAGAAAACCAGUUUGCUCUCCCAAACAGGAGACUUAAUCAAAUCGAAAUAUCAAAGCCGAAUAAUAACAUAGCUAAGGACUAAUCCAUACCGAUCCCGAAAAAACCGAGAGAGUUUUCCUAAGUAUUUACAUAUAGGUAGAACUUAGCUUGGUAUCACAAGCUCCAAAGGUUAGGCUAGGAGCAGAGCUGUCCCAUGUUGUCAUUGGGAGAGAAAUAGAACUACUACUAUCACCGUGGUGCUGUUGUGGAUAGCUAGUCAAGUGGUCAUCGACGGCGACAACAUGAUCAU